AUGUCUGCCAACAUUCCUGCAAUUGUCUUUACUGACUGGGACGGAACUGUCACUCUCGAGGAUUCCAAUGAUUACUUGACUGAAAACCUUGGUUUUGGUCGUCCAAAGAGAUUGGAGGUAAACGAUGAAAUUUUAUAUGGAAAGAAGUCCUUCAAGCAAGGAUUCUCUGAAAUGUUGGCGUCGAUUCCAACUCCUUUUCCCGAGUGCAUUGACUUCUUGUUGAAGAACAUCAAGCUCGAUCCUGGCUUCAAGGAAUUCUUCCAAUGGGCCGAUUCUAGAGGUAUUCCUGUGGUGGUUGUUAGCAGCGGUAUGACGCCUAUCAUCCAUGCUUUGCUCGAGAAGUUGGUUGGCUCACAUGCUGUUGACAAAAUCUUGAUCAUGUCCAACGAAGUUGAAGUCAAUGACGAAACUGGUAAAUGGAAUAUCAAGUACAAGCAUCCGGAAAGUGGUUUCGGCCAUGACAAGAGCCUUUCCAUCAAGGAGUAUUUGGCUGAUAAAGGCUUCAAGGAGAAUAACAUGCCACCAUUGUUUUAUUGUGGUGAUGGUGUCAGUGACUUGUCCGCUGCGAAAGAGACAAAUUUGUUGUUCGCUAAACACGGCAAGGAUUUGAUCAAGUAUUGCAGAAUGGAAGGAAUUCCAUACACUGAAUUCAACGAUUUCGCCGAGAUCACUGACAAAAUUAAGUCAAUCGUCGAUGGUGGUAAGAGCUACAAGGAUUACAUCGAGAACUGA